AUGGUCCACCAGUCUUUGAUGAGGAGGUCCAUGUGGAACACGAUGAGGAUGAGGUUGUUAACUGUUGAUAGUGUUAUUCAUGUCGCCCCAGCCGAACUUAAGCAGAUGGCUGCAUCCCGCCUCCAUUCGAACAGUCUUGUUGAUGAACGUGCGCAUAUGUCUGGGGACAAGGGUCGCGCACUUGCCUUCAUCGAUCUUUCUUCGGACGGGGAUGUUUUAGCUGCCAUGGACCGGACUCCUCAUUUGGAUCGUGCUAGCUUGGAAGCUCGUCAUACAUUCAUACUCAUGCAAAAUUCCAAGAAAGGUUGGUUACCUUUCAGGCAUAGAAUACCUUUAUCCAAGGAGAUGUCUCCAAAGACACCUCAAGAGAUAGAGGACAUGAACUCGUUCGAGCUCGUUCGUGUUCGUUAA